GCACGCAGCCACCGGGGAGAGAGAUCGGGAGGGGAGAGAGUGGUCGCCGGACGCGAGACGAAGACGGUGGCGUGGCCGUCGAAAGCCGCCCGGACCCACGACGAAGACGGCGGCGUAGCCGCCAGACGACGCCCGGACGCGCGAAGCCACCGCGGAGAGAGAACAGGAGGGGAGAGAGAGGCUGCCGGGACGCGAGACGAAGACGGCGAUGCGGCCACUGGACACGUGGCGAAGAUGGGGAGGGGAGGAGGAGGGCGACGCUAGAGAAGCCGCUGCCGCCCGCCAUGACCUAGGGGAAUGGAGGUUGUCGUCGUGAUCUGGAUGAGGGCCGGUCGGGCAUCAUCUGUUCGAUCAGAAGACACACCGAGAGCACAGAGAAAUAUUUUAUCGCAAGUGUUUUUAUUUUCCAUGCUACUUCUAACAAAUCAACGAUUAGAUUUAGUUGGUACCAAUCGUAGUCGAUUGUGAUUAAAACGAGUUGGCGUACUCUUAUAUGUUUCUUCUCUCCGCCCUCUCUUCCCCGUACGCGACAGCCGGCCGACGAGCUCCCCCCCUCCGCCCGCGCUCGUUCCGCCGAGGACGGGCUUCUCCUCCCCACCGCCUGCGCUGAUCUCCCGCGAGCAGGGGCGUCGUCGUCCUCGGUUCUUUUUGUUCCCAAAAAGUUUGGGGGUCCUAGCCUUUGUGGCGACCGGAGAGGGAGAGGGAGAGGGAGAGGGCUUCGUCUGUUCCUGCUUCGGCUAGGGCGCCAUGGCUUCCGCUCCAACGACAGAUGGGCCGAUUGAUUCAGUGGCCAAAAGGAAGGGCUCUCCAUGCCAACAAGAUGGUGAUUUUCAAGAUGAUAAACGACCAAGAUCAUCUGUGAACCUUCCAGAGGGCAUCUUUUGGUACAUUCAUUCCUUAAUGCCACUCCGAGAUGCUGCUCGUGCUGCUUGCGUGUCUCAUUCAUUUUUACGAUCUUGGAGAUGCUAUCCCUACCUUCUCUUCAAUGAGGAGAUAGUCCUAUUGGAUAAAAACACAUUUGGCAAUGAUGAGACAACGAGAAAUCUCACCAGCAAAGUUAACCACAUUUUACAAAAUCACUCGGGCAUCGGUGUGAAGAAACUAGAGUUUGUUUUCUUCAGUUGUACUAGUGUCGACUUCAGUUAUUUGGACAGUUGGCUUCACAAGGCUGUCACAUCGGGGAUUGAAGAAGUCACCCUGAUGCUGCCUACAAACAGCAAUGCAGGAUACAACUUUCCAUGCUCGGUUUUAUCUGAUGGUAAUGGUAACUCAAUUCAGUAUAUUUAUCUCUCUCACUGUGCCAUCCGUCCCACUGUUGAUCUUGGUUGCCUGAGAACCUUGACGAAUUUGCAUCUAUGUUCUGUGCGGAUUACUGGGUGUGAACUAGAAUGCCUUCUUUCUAAGUCCCCCGCACUGGAGUUGUUAAAAGUGAUGAGUUGUAAAGAGAUAGUUCAGUUGAAGAUCCCAUGUUUGCUGAAGCGGCUCCAUACCCUUUAUGUAAAUGGAUGUGAAAUGCUGAAAGUGGUAGAGAGCUACGCUCCAAACCUCACCACCUUUGACUUCACAGGUCAUGCAGUACAAAUGUUGGGUUUACUGCAAAUGAAGAACUUUGACAUGCUUAUGCAGACACAGAUUGUCAGUACACAAACUGUGCUAGGGAAAUUUCUUAGCCUCAAGCACUUGCAUAUAUCACUUAACAAGCCCCCAAACUAUGAUUAUGUUUCUCUUGUUUACUUUCUUGAUGCUGCUCCUUCACUUGAGACGUUCAUCUUGCUUACACCAUACAUACAUUUACCACAGGGUCAUAUGGGGUAUGCCUGGACUGCUGGAGAUUCUGCACAGCUGAGGCAGAUGCCAGAACACCGCCAUGACAAUCUCAAGAAAUUCGAGGUCUCUGGUUUCUGCUAUGUGAAGAGCUUGGUCGAGCUAAUAUGCCAUAUCCUUGAGACUACAUCGUCACUCAAUCAUGUUAAGCUUGACACGUCCUAUAGAUCUGGGUGCCAUGCUUCUGGCAGAUGCUACCCAUAUGGUACGGAGCAAAUGAGGGAGGCCUGUAACGCCGUCUUGGCUAUCAAGACAUGCAUCAUUGGGAAAGUUCCACCUAAAGUGGAGCUUGAUCUUGUUCAGCCUUGCAGCCGUUGCCGUGCUCUUGUGCAGUAGAUGCCAAGUUAUAUUUAUUCUAUCAGCUACCAUGGGCACUUGGCCAUUUUCUAAAUAGCAAAUUGUCCGUGCGUUGCAACGAGAUUUUAUAUUAAAAAUAGAGUACAAAUAAGAAGAU